GAAAAACAGCUAAGAUUUUUCUCCACGGAGUUAUGGCCAAUCUCCAAGGAAUUAAUCUGAUGCUCGCUCUUGUUAGCCUAAUUCUUCUCCCAUAUGUACUGCGAUUUCUCAAGAGAGCAUUUUGGGAUCCGAUCAGAAUAACAAAGUCAAUGGAAGCACAGGGAAUCAGAGGCCCUCCUUACAAGUUCUUACAUGGGAGCACAUCAGAAGCCAACAAGCUAAUGGAGAAAUCCAUGAAUACUCCCAUGGAGCUAUCACAUAACAUACUUCCGAAAGUUCAGCCUCACUUUCAUUCUUGGAUCAAACUCUAUGGGAGGAAUGUUCUUACUUGGCAUGGGUCAACGCCGAGGCUUGUGGUUGGAGAAACAGAGCUGGUGAAGGAGAUAUUGAGUGAUAGAGAAGGAGGAUUCCCAAAAUACGAGCCGCCGGAGUUUAUGAAGAAGCUGCUUGGUGAUGGGCUCGUGACUUCCAGCGGCCAAAAAUGGGUGAGGCAGAGAAAGUUGGCCACUCAUGCCUUCCGUUCUGAGAGCCUCAAGGAAAUGAUUCCAGCAAUUGUAUCUUCAGUUGAAUCCAUGCUACAAAAAUGGGUUAAAUUUGAAGGAAAGGAGAUUGAUUUGUUCAGAGAAUUUUGCACCCUUACACCAGAAAUCAUUUCAAGGACUGCAUUUGGGAGCAGCUAUAUUGAAGGGAAGAGGAUAUUUAUCAAAAUAGAUGAGCUGACUGCAAUUUGUGCAAGAAAUUUUCAGGCAAUUCGACUGCCUUUCUUCAGAAAGCUUGUGCCAAAUCAAGAUGAUAUAGAAGCAGACAAGAUCGAACGGGACAUAAGGGAAUCGAUUCUGAAGCUCAUAAAGAGAAGGGAAGAAAGAAAGGAAAAUGGAGAUGACCUUCUUGGAUCACUGAUAAAGGCACAUCGUGAGAAUGAAAGCAUUACUCUUGAUGAUAUUAUUGAUGAAUGCAAGACAUUCUAUUUUACAGGUCAAGAAACCACUUCUAUUAUGUUAUCAUGGACUGCUCUUAUUCUGGCCAUCAACACAGAUUGGCAGGAUAAGGUAAGAUCGGAGGUUUUGCAGCUUUUUGGAGAUCGAAGCCUGACUUCUGAGGAUUUUGCCUCCAUUGCUAAGCUUAAAAAGUUGACAAUGGUGAUCAACGAAUCGAUGAGACUUUACCCGCCAGUACUGAACAUAUUGAGAACAGUGGCAAAAGACUGCAGAGUAGGCAAUGUUCUUCUCCCCAAAGGCAUGCAGAUACAGAUCUCACCGCUUGUAAUUCACCAUGAUCUCAGUAUAUGGGGCGAUGAUGCGCAGCUCUUCUUGCCGGAGAGGUUCGCCGCCACUGCCAACGGCGGCGCCGCCUUCUUUCCAUUCGGCGUCGGUACCCGAAUAUGUGUUGGACAGGGGUUGGCAAUGCUGGAGGCCAAGCUGGCUUUGUCCAUGAUUCUGCAGAGAUAUUCCUUCGGUCUAUCACCAGCUUAUGUUCAUUCUCCGGUGUCUCGACUCACUUGCAGACCGCAACAUGGAAUUCAAGCUGUGCUGCGGAAGCUGUAGUUGAUGAGUAAUAAUAAAGCAGGGAGAAAGGGAGAAGAAAGAUAAGACU